AUGCCUCCACUGAGGGCUUGCGAUACAUGCUUCAAGCAAAAGAUCCAGUGUCUUCGCCCUGAUCCUCGCCUACCCUGCAACUGGUGCGGUCAUCACGAUCUCACUUGCACAGUUUCCAGGGAAAACACAACAAGGUCCAAGAAAAGAGAAAACAGGCUGCUGGAUCGAAUCAGACAACUUGAGCAGGCGCUAGGCAAGAGGCAUAUACCGCCGUAUCAAGAUGUUACCCAAGUCCCACGCCAUCUCGAAUCAAGGCCCUGCGCGACCCACGACAAUGCCUUUCGUGGGAAAACAAAGGAGCCGUCCUGUGAAGACCACGGUGUCCAUCCGUAUAUUCGCACCGCAAGCCACCUCUUCGGACGGAACUGGUACCACAGAGGGUUUCCCAUUGUUUCCGAGAUUGGCAUGAAAUGGAUUGCUACCAUGACUCGUACGGAUACUGCAACACUAAGUUCUUAUUGCUUGUCAAAGGAAAGCUCCUACGUGUUGUGUGGGUUUCAACCAAUAUCUGAUCAUCUUACGGCGGUCUUGACCCUGCCUGAUAGGAACUCAGUGCACAAGUGGUUGGCAUCUCUCUCGGGCGCUCCCUUUCAAAUUCUGUUUCCGGCUCUCGACAAAGUGCUAUUCGAGGAGACCAUUGACAUUGUCUACAAGUACAAACUUCCACAGGAUCACCCGGAGACCUUCUCAGCUAGGGCAUGUCUGUGGGCGACCUUUGCCAUUGUGGCUCUUUUCAGAUGGUCUGACUGCCUCCUUGUGUCGGAAAAGCGUGAGGUGUGCGCGAAAAGGGCGCAAUACUUUCUGGAACUCCAUGUCGACAAAGGCAACCCGACGGAUAUACAACUUGUUCAAGCGUACUUUCUUUUGUACAAAUACCGAAUGGCUAUUGGCCAGCAUGAGACUGCCUCAGCCAUGAUAUCAGGCGCCCUCGGGGGGAUUGAACAACUCGAAGGCCAUCUCCAUCGUCCAAUGGAUCACGGAAGCAAUGCUGAGCCGUCACCCCUUGAGCGCCGUCAAAACCAUUUGCGGAAGCUAUUUUGGCUGUGCUAUACGCAACAGCACGACCUCACUUUCCCGUCUGAGCUAGCACGUAUAAGAUUCACCAGCAAGUACUAUGAUCUGAGCGACCCCGAGAGAUAUCUCAAUCAUGAUGCCUUUCUACAACUGCCUGCCGACACUGCGGAUGUUGAGGCCAUGGGACCCUAUGUUUGGGACCGAGUUCUUUCUUUCCUGCCCGGCGAUCCGCAUCUUGGGCUGCUGAAGGAGAAGAUCUACGAGCUACUAUACUCGUAUUCUGAGCGGGAUAUCAUUGACAGCGAGCUUCUCACUCGCAUUCGCCAGCUGGAUUCUGAGCUUGAGAGCUGGCGGUUGACUGUCCCCGCGGCGCUUCGCCCCAAGUUGUCAAUGGUCCCGAGUCAAGGCGUAAUCUGGAAUCACACAUUCCCAAGCUACCUGAGAUCGGUCCAGCUACAGUUGGAAUACCACUUGCUUUUGACCAUCAUUCACACGCCAGUCAGGAGAUUCGGAGCUACUCAAGGCAUAAACACCAUUCUUCCCGAAGAGCUCCACAGGGCCAUGCAUUCGAGCGUCGACUUGUCCCUGGAGGCCAGCCGCUCAACUCUGCGUCUGUUGAAAGAGCCCAUAGCAAUGGUCAAGUAUGAUACUUUCUGGCAUACCACAAUAUAUCCGAUUGUGGCGGCAAUGUCACUCUUUCUCAAUAUUCUGAUCCACCCUUAUGUUGGCACAGCACCAGCAGACAUGGCGUCGAUUGUAUCAGCGGCAGAGGUAGUCGACAAGUUA